AUGCAUAUAUUACUUUGGAUCCUUAACUCCCUAAGCCCUCUCGAAAUACGGUCACGCUUACUGAACGAUCUCGCAUUUUGUCAGGCUAUGUUAGAUUGGUUGGAUAGCUGUCAUCAAGGUGACUACUCGACGGGAAGUUCGAACGAAAUUAAGGAAAGUACUGAUGGUCGCAGCACUGAUUUUGAAUCGGAUGACUGUGAGGGCCGUUCGGCGACAUGCGUUUUACCGUUGCGCCCCCCCGUCACUUCUACUGAAGCAGAGGUAAAUGAUACAUACCGUCAAGUUCUUCGUGACGCAGACCAAGUAGUCUACAUGUCAAAUCGCCAUCAAUGUCGGCUACAAACUAAUCAUUCCAAAGGCUGCCGUCGCUCAUCUGAUAGUCUCUGCCGGGCACGCUUUCCUCGCGAUAUGCACCCUUCCACUGAGGUCGAUAUUGAUACAGGAGCCAUUCACUUCAAAAAAAGUGAGCCAUGGAUCAACACCUUCAAUCCUGUGAUGUCAUACGCUCUCAGAUGCAAUACAGAUGUUACCUGUCUGUUAUCAGGAACUCAAGUACGUGCCAUCAUCGCGUACAUUACUGACUAUAUUACUAAAUCUCCUCUUAAAACACAUUCUAUAUUCGAGACUGUACGCACCGUG